AUGGAGGGCGCGGCGCCCCCCCCCGACGACGGCGGCGGGUGCGUGGACCUCGGCGAGAUCGCCGUGCUCAUCGACCAGCUGAAGAACGAGGACGUGCGCCUGCGCCUCGAGUCGAACGCGAACCUGCUGAGGAUCGCGCGCGCGCUCGGGCCGGAGCGCGUCCGCGAGGAGCUCGUGCCGUUCAUCUGCGACCUCACGGACGACAGCGACGACGUGCUCUUCGAGAUGGCGGACCAGCUCGGGUCCCUGGGCGCCUACGUCGGCGGGCCGGCCCACGCGCACGUCGUGCUCGAGCCGCUCGAGGCGCUCGCGGCCGUCGAGGAGGCGCGCGUCCGCGACCGCGCGGUCCGCGCGGCGCUCGAGGUCGCCGCGGCCAUGCCCGACGAGAGUUUGGUGUCCUACUACGUGCCCUUCGUGCAGCGCCUCGGGAACCACGACUGGUUCACGGCGCGCAUCUCCGCGUGCGGCCUCUUCGCGGGGCCCCACGGCCGGCUCCCGGGCAGGAAAAGGGUGAUUCAACUCCGCUUCAACGCGUUGUUCGCGCGGCUCUGCCGCGACGACACGCCCAUGGUGCGUAGGGUGGCCGCGGGCCAGCUCGGGGCUAUUGCGUUGGCGGGCGGGUCUUCCGACGGCGAGCCGCUGGGGUCGCUGGUUUCAUUGUUCGAGGCCUUGGCGCGCGACGACCAGGACUCGGUGCGGCUCCAGACCGUGGGCAACUGCGCGGCGCUGUUCCGGGCGCUGGAGCCGGCGCGCGUGCGGGGGACGGUGCUGCCCGUGCUGCUGGCGACGGCGACGGACCGGUCCUGGCGCGUCCGGUGGUCGGCGGCGGCGGCGUUCGCGGAGUUGGCCGCGGCCGUCGACGACGACGUCGGCGGCGACGACGGCGCCCACUGCGCCGAGGCGCUGCGGGCGACCUUCGUGGGCCUCCUGAACGACGUCGAGCCCGAGGUGCGCUGCGCGGCCGCGGGCGCGCUCAGCGGCGUCGCGCGGCGCGUGCGCGACGAGGACGCGGCGCUCGCGGCGCUCGCGCCGUCCAUCGAAGCGUUGAGCCGCGACGGGUCCCAGCAGGUGCGGGCGGCGCUGGCGAGCUCCGUCGGCGACCUGGCGCCGGCGCUCGGGCGCGACGCGACCGUCGCGCGCGUGCUGCCCGUGCUCCUCGCGCUCCUGCGCGACGCGAACGCGGAGGUGCGGCUCAACAUCAUCUCCAACCUGGGCCCCGUCCACGCCGUCGUCGGCGUCGACCUGCUGAGCCAGUCGCUGCUGCCGGCCAUCGUCGACCUCGCCGACGACGCCAAGUGGCGCGUCCGCGGCGCGAUCAUCGAGCACGUGCCGCUCAUCGCGGACCAGCUGGGCGUCGCCUUCUUCGACGACGCGCUCAAGGCCAAGUGCGUCGGCUGGCUCGCCGACGACGUCGCCGCCAUCCGCAUCGCGGCGACGCGCAACCUGCGGCUCCUCGCGGCCAAGUUCGGCGAGCGGUGGGCGCGCGACGUCGCGCUCCCAAAGGUCGCGGACCUCGCGCGCCAGCGCUACUACCUGCGCCGCAUCACGGCGCUGCGCGCCCUCGACGCGCUCUGCGACGUCCUCGCGCCGGAGGACGUCGCGGCGGACGUGCUCGCGACGGUCCUGGACCUCUGCGACGACCUGUGCGACGACCCCGUCGCGAACGUCCGCUUCAACGCGGCGGCGACGCUCCGGAAGCUCGCGCCCCGGCUCCAGCGCCACCGCGCCGGUGCGGAGCUCGCCCUGCUGAAGACGAAGCUCCGCAGCCUCGCCGACGACGACGGCGAUGUCGACGUCGUCGCCAUCGCGUCCGAGGCCGCGGCCGCCGUCGACGGCGACGAGUAG